AUGGACCAUCGGAUUCCUCGUAUCCUGAGGACCCUCCGAUUGUGCGGGACCGGGCUGGCCUUCCAACAGGGAAGAGCUUCUCUUGUACUGAGUGUGGGAAGUGCUUUUCAAACACAUCCAAUUUCUACAGACAUCAAAGAUCUCACACUGCAGAGAAGCCACAUUCUUGUUCUGAGUGUGGGAAAUGUUUUUCAGAGAAGUCCAAUCUUUACAAACAUCAGAGACUGCACACGGGGGAAAAAACCAUAUGCCUGUUCUGAGUGCGGGAAAUGUUUUUCAAACACAUCCAAUUUCUACAGACAUCAGAGAUCUCACACGUUAGAAAAGCAGUAUUCCUGUCCGGAAUGCGGGAAAUGUUUUUCACAGAAGUCCCAUCUUUAUUAUCAUCAGAGAUUGCACACGGGGGAAAAGCCUUAUGCCUGUCCUGAGUGUGGGAAAUGUUUUUCAAUGAAGUCCAGUCUUGAUACACAUCAAAGACUGCACACGGGUGAGAAACCGUAUUCUUGUCCUGAGUGUGGGAAAUGUUUUUCAGUGAAAUCUAACCUUUACACACAUCAGAGACUGCACAAAGGUGAGAAGCCGUAUUCCUGUCCUGAGUGCGGGAAAUGUUUUUCAAAGACGUCUAAUCUUCACAGACAUCAGAGAUCGCACACGGGGGAGAAGCCACGUUCCUGUCCUGAGUGCGGGAAAUGUUUCAGUGUUAAAUCUAUUCUUAUUGAGCAUAAAAGAUCUCACACAGGGGAGAAGCCAUAUUCCUGUACUGACUGCGGAAAACGUUUCCAUUUUAAAUCUGCUCUUCAUGUACAUAAAAGAUCUCACACAGGGGAGAAGCCAUAUUCCUGUCCUGAGUGUGGGAAAUGUUUUUCUCAAAAGUCCCAUCUUUACACACAUCAGAGAUCUCACACGGGGGAAAAGCCGUAUUCCUGUCCUGAGUGCGGAAAACGUUUUUCACAGAGUUCCAGUCUUUCCAUACAUCAGAAAUUGCACACGGGGGAGAAUCUGUUUUCCUGCCAUAUGUGUGGGAAAUGUUUUUCAAGGAAGUCCUAUCUUUCCAUACAUCAGAGAUCACACUCAGGGGAGAAGCCGUAUUUCUGCUUUGUGUGCGGGAAAUGUUUCACCUCUAAAUCCGGUCUUAAUGUGCAUAAAAGAUCUCACACGGGGGAGAAGCCGUAUUCCUGUACUGAGUGCGGGAAAUGUUUCCAAUCUAAAUCCGGUCUUGAUGUGCAUAAAAGAUCUCACACAGGGGAGAAGCCAUAUUCCUGUUCUGAGUGCGAUCAGAGAUCUCACACGGGGGAGAAGCCGUAUUCCUGUCCUGAGUGCGGGAAAUGUUUUAGUUUGAAUUCCCAUCUCAUUUCACAUUUAAGAUCUCACAUAGGUGAGAAGCCACAUCCCUGCUUUGAGUGCGGGAAAUGUUUUGUAACAAAAUCGCAGCUUGUCAGACAUCAUAGAACCCACACAGGAGAGAAGCCUCAUUCCUGUCCUGAGUGCGGGAAAUGUUUUUCAGUAAAGAUGAAUCUUAUCGAACAUCAGAAAACUCACACCGGGGAGAAGCCUCAUUCCUGUCCUGACUGUGGGAAAUGUUUUUUACGGAAGUCCAGUCUUUACAUACAUCAGAGAUCUCACACGGGGGAGAAGCCGUAUUCCUGUCUUGAGUGCGGGAAAUGUUUUUCAGCGAGGUCCAGUCUUUACAUACAUCAGAGAUCUCACACGGGGGAGAAGCCGUAUUCCUGUCUUGAGUGCGGAAAAUGUUUUUCAGCGAGGUCCAGUCUUUACAUACAUCAGAGAUCUCACACGGGGGAGAAGCCACGUUCCUGUCCUGAGUGCGGGAAAUGUUUUUCAGACAAGUCCACUCAAAAGAGACAUCAGAGAUUACACACGGGUGAGAAGCCGUAUUCCUGUCCUGAGUGCGGGAAAUGUUUUUCAAGGAAAUCACAUCUUUCCAGACAUCAGAAAUCGCACACAGGGAAGAAGCCGUAUUCCUGUCCUGAGUGCGGGAAAUGUUUUUCAGAGAAGUCCCAUCUUUCCAGACAUCAGAGAUCUCACACGGGGGAAAAACCGUUUUCCUGUUCUGAGUGCGGGAAAUGUUUUUCAGAUAGGUCUGUUUAUUAUUAUCAUCAGAGAUCGCACACGGGUGAGAAACCAUUUUUCUGCUCUGAGUGCGGGAAAUGUUUCGCUAGAAAAGCACAUCUAGUUACACAUCAGAGGUUUCACACGGGAGAAAAACCGUAUUCCUGUUCUAAGUGCGGGAAAUGUUUUUCAGUUAAGUCCCAUCUUAACACACAUCAGAGGCUGCACACGGGAGAGAAGCCGCAUUCCUGUCCUGAGUGCAGGAAAUGUUUUUCACAGAAAGCCAAUCUGUACAAACAUCAGAGAUCUCACACGGGGGAGAAGCCGUUUUCUUGUUCUGAGUGCGGGAAAUGUUUUUCACAGAAGCCACAUCUUUACAAACAUCAGAGAUCUCACACGGGGGAGAAGCCACUUUCCUGCCCUGAGUGCAGAAAAUGUUUUUCAGAUAAGUACACUCUGCAUUAUCAUCAAAGAUCGCACACGGGGGAGAAACCAUAUUCCUGUCUGGAGUGCGGGAAAUGUUUUUCAUUCCAGUCCAGUCUUUGCAGACAUCAGAGACUGCACACAGGGAGAAAGAGCUUCUCCUGUACUGAGUGCGGGAAAUGUUUCCAAUCUAAAUCCAGUCUUAAUACGCAUAAAAGGUCUCACACGGGGGAGAAGCCGUAUUCCUGUACUGAGUGCGGGAAAUGUUUCAGUGUUAAAUCCAGUCUUAAUGAUCAUCGGAGAUCUCACACGGGGAAGAAGGCACAUUCCUGCCCUGAGUGCGGGAAAUGUUUUAAUUUUAAUUCCAGUCUCAUUACGCAUUUAAGAUCUCACACAGGUGAGAAGCCACAUCCCUGCUUUGAGUGCGGGAAAUGGUUUGUAACAAAAUCGCAGCUUGUCAGUCAUCAUAGAACCCACACAGGAGAGAAGCCUCAUUCCUGUCCUGAGUGCGGGAAAUGUUUUUCAACUAAAUCCCAUCUUAAUGUGCAUAAAAGAUCUCAUACGGGGGAGAAGCCAUAUUCCUGUACUGAGUGCGGGAAAUGUUUUUUGGCUAAGUCUAGUCUUUUCACACAUCAGAGAUCUCACACAGGGGAGAAGCCAUAUUCCUGUCCUGAGUGCGAGAAAUGUUUUUCACGAAUGGUCAGUCUUGUCACACAUCAGAGAUCUCACACGGGGGAGAAGCCUUAUUCCUGUCCUGAGUGCGGGAAAUGUUUCCCUUUAAAAUCCAGUCUAAAUGUGCAUAAAAUAUCUCACACGACGGAGAAGCCGUAUUCCUGUCCUGAGUGCGGGAAAUGUUUCCAUUUAAAAUACAGUCUUAAUGUGCAUAAAAGAUCUCACACGGGGGGAGAAGCCGUAUUCCUGUUCUGA